CGGGCAGUGUACUAGGCCCUCUCUCUCUCAUCUCGCAUUCCUUCUUAUCGCUUCAACUUCUUCAUUGCGACGUUGCGGGAGAUGAGGGAGCUGGCGCCUCAACUUCUAGAAGGGCAGGGUUACUUUGACCUCAACAUCCCUUACCCCGAACCUUCCCCUGCCAACAAGGCCAUUGAGCAAGGUAACCGUACGGGGCUGGCAGUGAAGGCCAUGGAGUUAGGCUACAUCGGAAUCGCUUACAACCGCAUGAUCAAGGGCAUCAUGUCCGAUCACCACCGUUGCUCCAUCUCUCCCCUCAUCCUCUCCUCUUUCCUCAACGUCCUUCCCUCUCUCUCCCUCUCCGCCAACCUCCACCACCACCUACUCCAUGUCCCACUCUCCACCCCCUUCCGUCAGUACACACGUCUCACCGUCUGCGUCGAUAGUGCUUCCCAGGCUCAAGCCCUCAAUUUGGGUAACCCUAUUUUGAAAACCUAUGAUUUGGUCAUUGUUAAGCCUUUGAAUCAGAUCGCGUUUGAUCUUGCAUGUGAGAGAAUGGAGGCUGUAUACCACAUGCCAACAACAGAGAAUGACAUGCCCUCUAGAAGCAUCCCUUUGGCUUUGCAAAUUUUAUUCUACAAGCUCCAGUAUAGUGACACCAGUGUUGCAACAAAGGAGUUCACUAAAUCUUUUGGAUGGGAUACAUAUGAUUCUUUCAUGCAGCAUGAUGUUCAAGAACUGAACAGAGUCCUCUAUGAAAAACUUGAAGACAAGAUGAAGGGAACUGUUGUUGAGGGAACUAUACAUAAAUUAUUUGAAGGGAAUCAUAUGAAUUAUAUCGAAUGCAUCAAUGUGGACUAUAAAACAACUAGAAAGAAGUCAUUUUAUGACCUUCAGCUUGAUGUGAAUGGCUGUCCUGAUGUUUAUGCUUCCUUUGACAAGUAUGUUGAAGUUGAACGUCUUGAAGGGGAUAACAAAUAUCAUGUGGAACAAUAUGAUUUGCAGGUUUGCUGAAAUUGUUUAUUUUGGAAUCUACUUGUAAUAAGUCAUUUGUAGAAGUUCUGAAACUUUUAGUUCUUAUAUUGGGUGUACAAAAAUUGUUUAGUUUGCAAUUGCCAAGUUAUGAAUCCUUUAAGUUUCUUAUAGUUGUUGUCAAUGCAAUAAUCUACACAUUUUU